CCUGCAGAUGGAGCUUGGGCGUUUCCAUGGUUUGGUAUGGACAUUGGGGGAACCUUGGUGAAACUGGCCUAUUUCGAACCUAUCGAUAUCACUGCAGAGGAGGAGCAGGAGGAAGUUGAAAGCUUGAAGAGCAUCCGCAAGUAUCUGACUUCCAACGUAGCCUAUGGAUCCACUGGCAUUCGGGAUGUCCACCUGGAGCUGAAAGACUUAACGAUUUUCGGUCGGAGAGGAAACUUGCACUUUAUUCGAUUUCCAACUCAUGAUCUGCCUACUUUUAUCCAAAUGGGAAGGGAUAAAAACUUCUCAACGCUGCAUACGGUGCUCUGUGCCACGGGAGGCGGCGCUUACAAGUUUGAGGAAGACUUUCGCACAAUUGGAAACCUCCAGCUGCACAAACUGGAUGAGCUUGACUGCCUUGUCAAAGGCUUGCUGUACAUAGACUCUGUCAGCUUCAACGGCCAGGCAGAGUGCUAUUACUUUGAAAAUGCCUCAGAACCUGAGCGAUGCCAGAAGAUGCCUUUUAACCUGGAUGACCCGUAUCCAUUGCUGGUUGUUAACAUUGGUUCAGGAGUCAGUAUUUUAUCAGUCCAUUCCAAAGACAACUAUAAGAGAGUAACUGGAACGAGUCUAGGUGGAGGAACCUUUCUUGGCUUAUGCAGUUUGUUGACAGGCUGUGAAAGUUUUGAAGAAGCUUUGGAAAUGGCAUCCAAAGGAGACAGCACACAUGCUGACAAGCUGGUUCGAGAUAUUUAUGGGGGAGACUAUGAAAGAUUUGGCUUGCCAGGAUGGGCUGUAGCAUCCAGUUUUGGGAACAUGAUCUACAAAGAGAAGAGAGAGACUGUUAGUAAAGAAGAUCUUGCCAGAGCCAUAUUGGUCACCAUCACCAAUAACAUUGGGUCCAUUGCCCGGAUGUGUGCAGUGAAUGAGAAAAUAAAUAGAGUUGUGUUUGUUGGCAAUUUUUUACGUGUGAAUACUUUGUCAAUGAAGCUUCUUGCAUAUGCACUGGAUUACUGGUCGAAAGGCCAGCUGAAGGCCUUGUUCCUAGAGCAUGAGGGCUACUUUGGAGCUGUUGGUGCUCUUCUUGGGCUGCCUAAUUUCAGUUGAGAUACAAGAGGUCACUACACUGAACUAUUUUCCACCUGAAUGACACUUAUUUUUGGCAAUGGGAACUAAAUCUGGGGAGGGGAAAAGGAAAUAACAGAUUUUCUGUAACUUUUUAAAUUGAAAAAGUGAUGAGCUACUGAAUAUUGCCAUUAUAAGGAAGCAGUUUUUUACUCCGUUGGGCAUUCAAAAGUGAAAUAUUUGGGGAUACCAUUUGUGUUCAUUAAUUCAUGCAGCCAAUAUUGAACUUUCAGUAUGCAAUACAUCCUUGGAAAACAAGCUUCUGGAAGAAGGAAUGCCAGCCCUCCAAGUGCUUUGCACUAAAAUAUUGCCAGUUUCCUCCUGAGGCUUUAAGCCUAUUUGUUUUGUAUAUCAUUGAACAAAAAAUGAUUUUUAUGGUUAUACUUCAGCAUGAGUAUAAUUUCCCUUGAGUACACAACCUGAAAAACAGUAUGGUAGUGUCAACAAAGUGAGACCAUAGGCAAUUGUUUCCCACAGUGACAAUAGUAAUUACGCUGCUUUUAUGUGCAAUGGAAGUAUUAUUAAUGCUCUGUUUUUCAGUGGGAAGAGUAAAAACAUAAAAUCAGCCAAAGCAGCAGAGUAAGCAGUUGAUAUUUUAAAGGCUUUGUGAAUAUACAUACCUGCCCUCUUCAUUUAUUUGAAGGUUUGCUUGAUUUAUUUUAUUUUCCCUCUGGGAUGUGACUUCCAAAAAUAAUGCUAUCUGUUCUGGGGGGUUUUCUUGGUGGCUCAUAAAUUCUGAUGUUGUACAUCAUAGCCUUUAUAGGCAUCACAAAGCCUGGGAGAGUUAAGUCCUCAUAAAGUUGACUGAAAAUGGAACAUUACAAUUCUGUUGCUUUGGCUCAUCUAUAUGGAGAUUAGGAAAUUUUCUCUGCCAUCCUACUGUACUGAAAAUCUGAUUCCUCUGUACUUUUGUGAGUUAAUCAGCCUCUAAUUAGACAUUCAACGUGGAACAUUCCUUGGUUGUUUUUGGAUUUGAGAGUCUGUGCUGAAAGUUGAAGACAGCAUCCAAGGUUGUAUUGCAAUACUAGAAGUACAAUAUGUGGUGCACUCACAGUAUGGAACUGUUCAUCAAACUGUGGCCUUGGGAUAAACUCCAUACUCUGGAACUGAUCUUUCAAUAUUUUUCCUGUGUACUUUUCAAAUUUACAGUUGUUAUUAUUGCAAUAAGCAUAGUCCUGAAGCAGGGCAUGAGAUCUUAGACUUGAAAGGAGAUUAUUGUGGACUAAAAAAAUACUCAAAUUUAUGAUAUGAUUUUAUAAGUCCAUGGGGAGCAACCGAAGUAGAAGACAUUUGUGUUGGGUUUCAGUGUGUUUUUAAAACUGAUGAUUGCUCAAGUAUUCCACAGCAUGGCUGCAUUGUAUUCACAGGCACACCCGCCCAGUACGUUUGACAGCUCAGUGUGCAGUUGUCCUUCAUUUAAUUUCAAUGCCCCUUCAUAACAUUGCAAGGGGUUUUGUUGCUGUUUUUUUUGUGUUGCUUUUAAAAAGGAAACAAACUGUCUUCCUUUAGUGCAGUAACUUAGAGUGGCUGCUUUGUUAAGCCCGAUGCCAAUCUCAGAUACAGCUCAUCUGCUGUUGCUUUUCCUACUGCUCGUAUCACGUUUCCAUUGUGCUUGUUGUGAUAUUUCAAGCUGGAUGUUAAAAAAAUAUAUAUACUCACAGUUCAACAGAUCUAAUGCUCUCCAGAGCACUUCAGCAAAUGGGUGAAUAUGGCUUUUGUAGUGUCUUAUAAAUACUAUGCACCAUUACUUUUAAAUUCUGAUUGACUAUAGAAAGUGACCCCAAUUUGGCUGCAAAACUUAAAAAAAAUAUUUCUGAAUGUUUUGACAGCCUCCUGAAAAUUUAUUUUCCUUGCAAAGCAAAGUAUUUUAAGGCACACUGGAGCUUGAUUAAAAACAGUCCUUUUAAACUAUUUGUUGCUGCUUCACUUCUCAUGGCAUUACUGAAGCAGUAAUUGGAAGUAUCUGUUAUGUUUAACAAGAAGCACAUGUAGGAAGGAGGUGGUUACUUAAUGACCAUAACCAUGGUUAAUUUAAACCAUUUGAAACUGGUAUGACCUAAAAUACAUUUUUAAGGUUAAUUGGGCAAUUACAGAAUAAAUUAAUGGAGUAAUUAUUGAGUAGCAGUACUCUAUAGAAAGCACUGUGAGAAUGAGAAGGCAUGCUCUGCCUUUGUUUUCCUUUCCUUGAGCUUGCGAAAAAACAAUUGCUUCCUUUUGCUUGUUUUAUCAGCACUAUUGUUACUUCAUUCCUUCAGGUUUUCAAGCCUGGCUGUGAAGCCCAGGGAUAGAAGCCACAUCUUUUGAUUUGUCUCAUUUUCUCUCAACUUAGAACUUGUUACUGGAGUCUCCAAAGGUUGACUCUACCACCACCAGUAAUGCUGGGCUUCAUAAGUAGUUGCAAGAUAAGCCUUAAAGUCAUCUUACCUAAACUCUCUUCUAAAUUAGCUGAAAAGGCUUGUAUCUUUUAUUGAAAUAAGUAACUUGCUUUUCACCAGUCUUUGCUGUUUAUUUUCAUGCUUGCUAUUUCUCUUCCACAAAGGUAACGUGUUCAAGCUGCUUUAAAGUGAAUUGAUUUAAUGUACAGCAGUAGAGAAUGUCUGGGGUUUUUUCAGGGCUACUUUUUUCAAGUAGAACUGCUUUAAAGGAAGACUGUCUGAUACUUCUAAAGCAAAACAUACAACUCAUUUUGAAUGUGUAAUUGCUUUCAACUCAAUCAGCCAUGCAAGUGCCUUUUAAGUUGUUAUUAUAAUGCCAAUUUUGAUGGUACUACUUAAUCCAUGUGAUUUCUUGACCAGUGUUGCUUAUCAGAUAAUUUUAUCAGCCAUGGAGAUGAUCCCUUCAAUCCAGUGUAGCUAGAGAUGCCAGGAAAACUGUGUCAGCUUUUGGGCUGCCCAUCUCCAUAGACCUUACCUUGGAGUAGUGCCUUUGCACUUCUGUCUCUCUCUAGCUUGACCUUUUUAACCACUCAACGCACAGUUUUAUUCUACCUGUAUCUCCCUGAAAAUUGUACUGGUUUUUAUCCAGAUGAGAAAAUAUAUUAGAUUUUUUUUUCUGGCCAAAGAAGUUUUUGAUAUGAGACUAUUCCAAGUUGAUAUGGCUGUUAAUCUUAACCUUCUUCACCAUUCCAGUUCUACAAAGGGUAACAGCAUUUUGAACAAAAAGAGAAUUUUUUCUACAAUCCACUUUUAAAUAUUUAGUAAACAUGAGUGAAUAUAUCUUAGCAGAGGUUUAAGUGUAAGUACUGUUUCAAUUUAUUUUUUUUUUAAUAAAGACUCAAAGUUAACAGUUCAGAGAGAAGCAACAUUGGUGUAGUUAGUCUGGUUUGGUCCAGAUUUUAAAGGGUAUUUGGGUGUCUGCUGUACCUUCUGAAGAUCUUUGCCUGUCUUUCCCUAGGGGUGAGCAAGCACCUGUGUGACUAUACUGACACAUCAUAGCAUACUUUCUUUUGUAUUUCAGAGUUGAGACAGCAGGAUCUCAUUCCUUCAAUGCCACACUUGCUCCCAGCCUGCACAUUAAGAACAAAAGUUCAGUUCUGGCUUCUCAUAGUGGAAUAAAUGUUCCUUCAGUAUACUGUGAGAUGUCUGCUUGCAUUUGAGUGUAUUUGCAAGGUGAUUAUAUUGCCUUUAAGGAUUAAUUACUAACGCUUUGUCUCUAUCCAGUAUAGGUCUUCAGGAAAUUUCUACUUUCAAGUAAGUUGCAGUAGCUUCUCAUUCUUAAAUGUUUCAGAAUAACAGUGAGGUUCUAACAUCUGAAACUAACCAGUAUCUUUUUCUUUUCUGGAAUAAAUCUCUGCUUAUUAAAGGCUAGAUGGUAUCUUACACAUUCAGUCUGUAACUAAUGCUAAUGCCUACAUUCAUUCAAACCACAUUUUAAACAUCACUUUCACGAUUCACAAUCUGGAAACAGGUUGGCUGUAAUUCUGAGGCAACAGUUUGCUUGAGUUCAGAGCUCAGGAUCAGCGUAGUUCUAUUUAGCUGGUCAGCUUUUUAUCCCAAGUCCAUUUGCACAUAUGCCAGGUUAGUUCUUUCCCUUGUCAGUGUCUUCCUAGUGCCAGGUAUUUCUAUAUUUUUUGUCUAAUUGUUACUAUAUGGGCUUAAAAGACACUGAGUGUGUAAUAGAGCUGUUCUUAGGUUACAAACUAACCAGAAAUACUGUGGGUCAGACUGGAAGUGUUUGACCAAGACCUGUUGAUUACAGUGCAGAGCUAGGAAGACACUUGACACAUCUAGUUACUGUUUGAUUUUAGUAUUUAACACUUAAUACAGUGAGAGGGAGAAUAGUUCAGAUCAUUGUAAAUAAAAUGGACAAAUUAUUUUAAGUCCUCAGAUGUGACCACGGGAGACAAAAAAAAAAACACACCCCACAUUAUUGCACAGCAUGGAGGGAUAAUUGUUCACUUGCAUUCUUUGAGUUUUAUUAAUAUAUUCCAAAGUACAUUGCCAGUAUUCUGCCAUUUGAGAUAGAAUAUUAUUAAUUCCUUGUAUUAAAGUCUGCAAAAAAAGCCUGUUUAGUUACUUUUGUUUACUUCACACAUACAAAAUAUAUUAAACCUUUGUAAAAAUGUAUUUCACGCUUUGUGAAAACAUCUCAAAAGAUGCUGUAAUAUAAUUGUAAUUAUUUGUGUGCUAAUGCAAUUUGUUGGAGCAGUCUAAGUCAGCAUAACUGAGUGCCAAGUCCUGCUCUCUUCAGUUACUGAAGUAGAUAAUUCUGUUAAGUUGGGGCUGUUUGAAAUGAGUGAGCAGGAUUUGGCCUCAAGGCGUCCUGCCUGGGGAACCCAGUCGUGCUACUUUGCACGUUCCUGCUGGUGCUACAUCAUUUGUUGAAAGAGAAAAAUUCUAACUAGAAGUUGUCAAUAAAGUAUGCAUAGCCUGGUCCUUCUGAGAGACUUAAAACAGACAGGGUUUAGCUUCCCGUGCUGCUUUCUGUAAGGCUCCUGACAUUCCGGUUGUGUUACGGUACGGAUCAUUUUCAUUGCAGGAUUUCAGUGUUACCUUCAGGCUUCCUUGGUCAUUGUAACCUGCUAUAAGCAGAUAGCACCAACUAGAACAGGAUCAGCGUUUGUUUUCUGCUAAAACAUCUAGAAAAUCAGACAUUCCUUUUAGCAUUUGGGAAAGUUUUUGAAGAAAUGCAGAAAUACCAUUUGAAAUGAAAUGCAUUAAUUAGUCUCGUCUGUAAAAUGAACUGGAAUCUGGUGUAUCAAUUGCUAUCCAUGCUAUAAAAUCCUAGUGUUUCACAAUUCCUCUAGCAUCAGUUUGAGAGCAUUGUAAAUACAGACUUUGGAGGAGGUGUGUUAGUUCCAGGCUGUGCAGUACAAACAAUAAUUAUAAGACUAGGGAACUAGUAUUUUGAGAAAUAAUAAAUUAACAGCAUCUAGAACAUGGAAAUCAGUGUUUUGAUGUUAUAGGAUAUAGAGGGCUUUUGAUAAUCUGUGCUUUUUUACAUUUCUGAUGAGUUUUGGCAUUUUAACACUUGAGUAUUUGAUUUUUCCAUUGACUUUCCUGUCAUACACAGGCCUGCUAAUGACCAAUUGCUGUCUUCAGGUGUUUGUUUUAGAUGCUUAGCAAAAUGAGCAGGCAGAUUUGUAAAAUGCAAAUCCCUUGUAGGAUGGAAGUUCUCUCAAGAGCCAUUUCGUUAAGUUGCCUUAUUCUAUGACAUUGCACUCAUGUUAUGUCUCCACUUUCUUUCUUGUUUACUGUUCUGACACUGAAGAUGUGAUAGAAAAAUGUGCUACAAAUUUUUAUUCAUAAAUUACUGAUUAAUACCUUUGUGUCACCUGUUAAUAUAGCUCUUGUAAAUGAUACCUUUAUGCCAUCUGUAAUGCAGCUCUUGUAAAUGGUUUAAAUUAUUUCUUUUUAUAGAUUCUCAUUAUUGAAUGUACAGAUUAGACCCUUUAUUAUGUCACUGAAUAAUUUCAUUGGGCCCUAAAUGUGGCCAAGGCUGUAAACCAUCCCAUCAAAACUGUAAAUAACUCCUUACUGCUUGUUUGCAUGAAUGAAGUUUGCAUUUCAUUUACUUUGUCAUCAGCCAACUCCUCAGUGAUGGGCCUCCUUUUUACAGUUCAUUUUCCUGGUUUUAUUAGCAGUCAUUCUGUAUGAAUGUUGAAACAGUUCUUUGUCUUUUCCUAAUAAAUAACUUGAAAUUGUU